AUGGCUUGCCGCUCGCGUCCUCGAGACUCGGGGGGCGACUCUUCCUCCUCUACUUCGCCAGAGAGAGCGAUAGACGAAGAUAACGACUUCUUCAUGCUCGAGGCAAACGACUCACAGUCAUCGAUAGGCGUUGGGAACUUCCGAGAUCUCCGCGUGGACUCCAGGCGCGGUCAAGAUAUGCCUCUGCCACCGAUAUACCGACUGCCUCCAGAGAUACUCAUCGCCAUCUUUUCGAAGCUUUCAUCUCCGAUAGACCUCCUAAACUGCAUGAAAGUCUCGUCGGCUUGGUCGAUGAACUGCGUCGGCAUACUAUGGCAUAGACCACUCUGCAAUACAUGGGAUAACCUUCUCAGGAUAGCACAUGCCAUUUCUGAUGAAGAAAGCUAUUUCCCAUACUACGACCUUGUCAAACGCCUGAAUCUCACUACCCUGAAGAGCAAAGUCAAUGAUGGAACUGUCUUUUCAUUCGUCAAGUGCAAACGGAUCGAGAGGCUGACUCUGACUGGCUGCAAGAAUGUCACAGAUAAGGGAAUAUCGGAUCUAGUGGAGGGGAACAGACAGCUCCAGGCACUGGAUGUCUCUGAUCUCGAUUCCCUGACUGAUCAUUCUUUGAACGUCGUUGCUGCCAACUGCUCCAGGCUACAGGGGCUGAACAUCACCAACUGUGCUAACAUUACGGAUGACUCUCUGGUCAAGCUAGCACAAAACUGCCGCCAGCUCAAACGGCUGAAAUUGAACGGGGUCGUUCAACUCACAGACCGAUCUAUCCUAGCAUUCGCUAAUAAUUGCCCUUCCAUGCUCGAGAUUGAUCUUCACGGCUGUCGACAUAUUACCAACGCCUCGGUAACCGCCCUUCUUUCUACACUGAGAAGCCUCCGAGAAUUGCGUUUAGCACAUUGUAUCCAGAUAAGCGAUGAGGCUUUCCUUAGACUUCCCCCGAAUUUGAUCUUCGACUGCCUCCGCAUUCUAGACCUCACCGCCUGUGAGAGAGUCAAAGAUGACGCAGUCGAGAAAAUCAUUGAUUCUGCACCAAGGCUGAGAAACCUCGUACUUGGAAAGUGCAAGUUCAUCACGGAUCGAGCCGUUUACGCUAUCUGCCGAUUAGGAAAGAAUAUUCACUAUAUUCACCUAGGCCAUUGUUCUAAUAUCACCGACCAAGCCGUCACUCAAAUGGUGAAAUCCUGCAAUCGAAUCCGGUACAUUGAUUUGGCAUGCUGCAAUCGCCUCACUGACACAAGCGUUGAGCAACUGGCAACACUGCCAAAACUACGGAGGAUAGGCCUAGUCAAAUGCCAGGCUAUCACUGAUCGAAGCAUACUUGCAUUAGCAAAGCCCAGGUUCCCACAACAUCCCCUGGUCAGCGGCCUCGAACGCGUACAUCUGAGUUAUUGUGUCAAUUUAACUGUAGAGGGCAUACACUCUCUUCUAAAUUACUGCCGCCGACUGACUCACCUGAGUUUAACUGGCGUCCAUGCAUUUUUGAGAAAUGACUUGACCAAGUUCUGUCGGGCUGCUCCCCCAGAAUUCACCCCUCUUCAACGAGAGGUCUUCUGCGUUUUUAGCGGCGACGGAGUCGGGCAGCUGCGGGAAUACCUUAACCACUCUGUUCUUCGAGAGCGAUCUGGAACGGCAGUGACCAUGUACGAUGACGACGAAUCUCCUGACGAAGUUGACAGCCAGCCAUCCGUGGUAUAUGGCCUGUUAAAUGCCGCGGCUGCCAAUGAAGGGGAUGAUCACCCCAUGACAGCGCCACAACACUAG